CGCGGGGGCGCGCAUUUCACAGCUGUUUUGCGCUUCUUCAUAGCUGCCUGUAGUUUACUUGUAGUCGCGCACUGUAGAGGGAGGUGAAAGGGUCGCGGGAGCGCGCAAGUUCGGGAGUGCGCGGAAGUAGCCGGUGCGGUGGCCGCAGGAUGGAGGAGGAUAUUCUGACCACCUUGAAGAUCUUAAUUAUCGGGGAGAGCGGGGUAGGGAAGUCCAGCCUUUUGUUGAGGUUCACCGAUGAUACCUUUGACCCAGAACUUGCAGCAACAAUAGGUGUUGACUUUAAAGUGAAAACAAUUUCUGUAGAUGGGAAUAAAGCAAAGCUUGCAAUAUGGGACACUGCAGGACAGGAACGCUUCAGAACCCUAACUCCCAGCUAUUACCGAGGUGCACAAGGUGUUAUAUUGGUGUAUGAUGUGACGCGGAGGGAUACGUUCACAAGGCUGGACAACUGGUUAAAUGAGCUGGAGACCUAUUGCACAAGAAAUGACAUUGUUAAGAUGCUGGUUGGAAAUAAGAUAGACAAGGAAAAUCGGGAAGUAGAUCGAAAUGAAGGACUGAAGUUUGCCAGGAAACAUUCUAUGUUGUUUAUAGAGGCCAGCGCGAAAACCAGAGACGGCGUACAGUGUGCAUUCGAAGAACUUGUUGAAAAGAUUAUUCAGACUCCUGGACUAUGGGAAAGUGAGACAAACAACAGAGGCGUUCGAUUGUCCAAUGAAGAUGGCGGCGGCAGAGGAGGGUCAUGUAGCGGAUACUGCUCAGUACUAUAGAAUAGUUAUUGUUUCAUCUUCCUAUUUAAUCAAGCAGUGAUAGGCGUUUCUGUAUAUAUCCUAUAUAUGCUCCUAUAGGGACCUUUUGGGUUUGCACAUAUUUGUUUGUAACAUAAGAAACAAAUAUUUGUAGAACGUUGUUAGGAAACCGUCUUUCCAGAGGAAUUCUAAGCAUGAAACAGUAAGAGUUAUUUUUUUUUUUUUUGUCAGUGGCACAGACUAUCUACUGCCUUAGUGAACGCAGCAACUUCAAUGCCACAUAUUCUCGGUAGCUUUUUAAUCAUUUCUUAACUACACUACAUUGUUCAAAAUAUGUGUGUUACUUCUUAUCUCCUGCUUUACUAAGUAGUGAAAUCUGUUUCCAUUGGUUAUAUAUUGCCGCCACACUCAUGGCUGAACAGCAGGCUUUCUUCAUGGUUCCCUUGAAAAAUGCCUGCACAUCCUGCUGAGGCCUGUGUCUUUUUCUCACUUUGUCAAGAAACCGCAUAGCUACAAGAAUGUGCUGCUGAUGCCUGUACACACUAUAUUAUGCAACUGGCGCUUGGGAGCUCGUAGGACGCCCACCAUUGGACUCAUUUUUGUCUUCAGCACAUUAAAAAAAGGGUCCUAGACACCUUCAUGCUAAAACUCCAUGUUUGGCCCUGGUUGUAUAUUUUUAACUCUUGUAUCAGCUGGACUUGAAAUGCAAAAUAUUAAAUCAUAAUCUUUCGGAGGCACUUUGGGAUAAGUGUUUAGUUUAACUCUGCUUUAUACUGUUUAUAUUGUAAGGAAUUUGCAAGAAUCCAGUAGAAGUGGCUGUAUGCUUCAUCUGUUAAUAAAUGGCUUCAGCAAGCGUCGCCUGGAAUAAAGCACUAGUCAGUCAUGGGGCUGAUUUACUUACACAGGUUGCACAUGUGCAGAUACCCUUAGCAACCAAGCAGAUCUUUCUUUUUGGUUUUACUAACUUGACAGACAAAUAGCUGAUUGUUUGCUGUUGGAAACUAUUUCAAACUGUGCACCAAGUAACACAUGCUGGGAAACAUAUUUUUAGUUUUGCACAUACAUUGUUAGAAUCAAUGUAACAGUCUCUCUUUAUAAUGGUUGGUUUCUUAUCAUGGAAUUCCUUUGUAGCAUCCAGUAUUGUGUGUAGAAACCUAUUUUCAGCCUUGCCUUUUGCUGGGAAGGUUUAAAGGUAAUCAUGAACUAUUAAUGUAUUAUAAGAAUAUAUUGCUUGAUUUUAAUUACUAUAUUUUUACUUACUUUAUAGGCACCUUGGCCUAAGAUGAUUCCUUUAGGGUUAUCCUUUCUGGCAUAACGUUUAUAUUUAAGGACAUUUGUCAUGGCUAGGGACAACGCCUCGCAGUCACAAAUGUCUUGUUUGUAACUGCAUAAACACAAACACAUUUUUGUGAUACAUCUGCAUCUUCAUGGGGUUGCUCUGCUGCCUCAUUAGGUGCAAUACAAGGCACAGCUAUGGUUGUAUUUCUUUGCAAAAAAGCACAAUAUAAAGCGACAUACAGAAAAUACCUUUCACUGGACCAAUACAAUAUUGUUUUAAUCACAGAGAAAUUCUGGUGUUUCUCUGGUGCCAAGUUCUCCUGGACUGAGACCUUACAAUGAAUUACACUUUCCAUUUGUCUGUACGGAAUAACAUUUGUAAAAUAAAGUAAUAAACCCAAUUUGUUCUUAAAAA